CACAGUACCAUAUAGAAUGUCCCCUCACAAAGGUCUCAAUGCACGUCAUAUUGAUGCUCCCUGUCAGUGCCCGUUACAGUGGCGCGCCCAGUACUAUUGUACUCACCCCUCUACAGAAUGUAUAUGUGGCCUGGCGGCAGCAGUGACUGACCUACUGCAGUCAGUACAACUGGAGUACAAUGGUAAGUACUCAGUACUAUACUACUUCAGCAUCAUUGUAGGCUAUCGUGGUGAGAAGAAUGCAGAAACAACUGGUGGAAAUAACGUUGAAAAUCGCCUCAAUGAACUGUUCUCCCUGGUCCAGGGACUAGGUGGUACUGCAGUGGUCCGGACCUAUAUAGACCAGUUGGCACAGGUACUCAGUGCACUAGUUGGGUGGAGCAGUAUACCGAAUUGUGGUGGUGGCGAUGGCACGUGCAAGGGGACUGAAGGCAAUGACAAACCGCAUGGCCAAGAGAGCUGCAAGUAUCUAGAUGAUGUAAAACAUGAGAAUAAGUGUGGCACAUGUGGGUGUAUGAAAUGGGACGCGACCGAGGCGGACGGAGAGGAGAAAGGACACCACCUAGGAAGGAAGUGUACAAGGUGUAGUGAAGAGGCGAAGAAGAAGUGUGAUUGUGAAAGUGGCUGUACAGGUCCUGACAAGUGCAAAUGCUCAAAAGCAGGGAAAUGCUGCAAGUGUUGUUGUACCAGUUGUCCUGGGAAGUGUAAUGAAAAGGGGUGUAGUUGUGUAAAGGAGGAGGAGAAGCAAAAUGGCACAAAUGACCUUGAACGUCGUAUAUACAAGGAUACGUAUCAGUCGGCAUAUGGAGAAAUGUCGUUUCUAUCGAUAUAUGAUGGUUCAUAUUUCCGUAUGAGAUCCACAUGGACAGAUCUACUGGAGAUGGGUGGAAGUAUGACUCCCUCCCAACGCCGCCACCAAUGUGCCCGCAUCCUCCUAGGGUCAGUAUGUCUCAUCUGGAGUGGCAUUACUUAUAUGUAUUGGACUGGAAAGUACCAUAAAACUAGCCCCCGGUGGAACAAUCACAUUUUGGAUGGUAGUGGUCUAGAUGAUGGUACCCUAUCACAAUGGCUUCAGGCCCUAGGGUUUCCUAAGGUAAUGCUGAAUGACAAGGGACCGGAGAAUAGAUUAGAUAAGGUCAUAUGGAAUGGACUUAGUGAUAAGUUGCUUCUAGGGUUUGCAGUGCCUAGUGGCCUUAAUACUAGUGGUGUUGCCAAUGACACUAAUGGCAAUACAGCAAGGAAUCCAUUCGCUAUGAACUAUGCCGGUUUUGUACAUACAGCACAUAGGGAUUCGUUCAAUGAACAAGCUAUUGUGUUUAAAAAUGACGGCUCUAGUACUACUGACACUAACAUCCACAAAAGAGGCUCCCUCUUCAAGCUCUACAUUCUAUCAUGUGCCUAUUUCACAGGGUUACAGAAAAAGAGUAGUACCCAAAGCACUGCCCCUAGGAAUCCCAAGACCAUCCGGGAGAUCCUAUACUGGCUAAGUGCAUUGCCCUAUAGUACGGCAUAUAAGGAGAUGCUGAAGCACGGCAAGAAUAGGCUAAGAGAAGUGACCAAAAAACCCGGAGACAAUGGCAAUGAGACACCAACACUCGCCUUUCACCAAACAGGCCGUAAUCAUCCCAUUACCGUUGAUGAGUUCAACCUGUUUGCCCACUUCCAAGCUGUGACUCAGUAUUGCCCACUGGUCCUCAUAGGUAUCCAGGGUGGAAUACAUAGCACUAAGGGCACUGACAAAACACUAGAACCCGCCAUUCACUCCCUAUACGCUAACACUGAAUGCCCCUUCACCUACCCAUCAGUUGAUAUACAAGCAUACAACCAGGUGGUCCACUACAUUAGGGCUCUGUUCUACCAACUCUACUUCCUUAGGAAGCAAUGUGCAGUCAAGGUCACUUACGGAGGGAAAUGGCGUGAGUGUAGGUAUGGGGAUGGAGUAGAGUCAAAGGGGGUUAUUAGCUGGAUGUGCCUGGGGUGUGACCCCAUGGAACAUGAUAGGAAGAGUAGGGUAAAGGAGUUGAAGAAGACAUUGGAUGGGAUGAAGAAGGUAAAAAAGGAGGACGAGGAAGAGGAUGAUGCUAAAGAUCUUGCAAAUGGGUUGAAAACACUAUUGGAAAAGAUUGGCGAGGUGGUGGUACAAUUGGGUAAUGCCCAGGAGGCAUUGGAAGGGAAAGCUGAGAAGACAGUGAUAGACGGGGUGAAGAAGGCAAUAGGAGAGGCUAAGAAGGGACUGGAUACGGCUAGGACGGGACUGGAGGGUGAGGUGGGGACAAGAUUAUAUGGAAUACUAGAGGUCACGGUAGAUGAGGGGGUGGAGAAUGGAAUACAAGAAAAACUACAGGAGGUAGAUAAGGCACUAGAGAAGCUGACGAAUGGUGGUAGUGGUAGUGGUGAUCUACUAGGGGAGGUAGAGAAUAAACUAGAGGAUGCUAACAGUGGUGAUUUCGAUCAGGGUAAGAACAGGAUAAGUGCUGCUAUCAAUAAGAUACGGGAGGUAUUAACAGCAUUUGAGAAGGGACUUGAAGAAGCAGGCAAAAAACAAGAGGCAAAGGAAAAACUCGGUAACCACCAAGAGGCACUGUUGGAUGCUACAAGAAAGCUCAAAGACAUCUGCAACACUCCCAAGUGCCACCAAUGUGACCAACACUCCACUAAGUGUGGCCAAACACCAACACCCAGUGUCUGUAAGACCUGUCACCAACCCACUACCACUGGUGUCCCCUCCCCCCUCCAGGCAUUCCUCGAGGACAGGUUACCAGGUUUUAGUUGUGAGGUAGUACGAGGCACAGACAGUGACACAGACACAGUGUAUCCACCUGCUGCAUCCCACCUAGGACACUGUAAUGGCUCUGGCCAAUGCUGCCCACUGCCCAUGGGAUUUAGAAAUCAAUUCUAUAGUGGCAGCAUCAGUGAUUGUACCGGCCACCGUCUUUAUGGCAUCCUAUACUUCUUCAGCAACGGGGACAUGAUGCAAUCAUGUGUCUAUACACUGGUGAGGGUAACUGCGGCACUCAGUGCCACUACACCACAGGUACUGGGUGAUGUAUUCGGGUUCUUUAGGGGUGGUAUUGGAGAGAAGGAAAGGGGAAAGAACAAGAAGGAUUCAGUAGUGCCGUGUGAUCACACAGGAGAUCCAAGUGAUACGUCAGAUAAGAACAAGGAUAAGUACUUUUGCGGCUGGUGUGCCUCUGGGUUAAGGGAGGAGGUAAAAGGUAUCCAGUGGAUAUACAAUGGGCCGGGGGACGGAGGGGAGUACAGGAAAACAGUCGGUAAAGCACUAAUAGAGAUUAAGGGCGAGAAGGGUAGUAGUGGUGGUAAACAGCCAGCAUCACAGCCCAAUACUACUGCCCUCUCAAGACUCACUAAGAACUGCCAGUACCUCUCCCCCCUAACCGGUGAACUCUAUACAGCAGUGAGUGCCACCUUCGGCGGAACAUACCUCUCAUGGGUACUAUACCUAUCAGAUGCACUUGAAGGUGGAUUACGGUCUCUUGCGAGUGAAUUCAAGCAGAUUGAAUGCCGUGGCUGUAGAGACUGUGACCCCAAUAAGUGCAGGAAGGGAGAACACGGACAGAAGGGUGAUAAAGGGAGGACCGGGUUAUGCACGUGUGACUCAAUCGUAUCAUGUACUGGGGUACUGCCAGUACUCUAUAGACAUGGCUUCAGCUACGGUAACCCAUUCAAUCUGGAGGGGUAUGAACAGAAUGAUGGAAGCAGAGAGGGGGAUUAUAGUAUAGAGAAGGCAGAGAGUACUAAGCGAUGUCACGAGUUCUUGGACAGUCUCAGUGCAGUGAUCAAUGCAAAGAAGGAAUCCGAUCAGAAGGACCAGGACACUAAAGAACACCCCCUCACCAACCUCCUCUCCCAAGUCGGCCAACUCCAAUACGACAUACGGCUCCCCUGGAUAUUUGUUCUCACAGUAGCGUGGCUAGUAGCGGUACUAUACUUAGCCUUUGGUGCCAUAUGGCCACUGGACUGGACACAUAUGAGGUCGCAUUGGUUACGGGGUGGAGAACACCAGUGGCAAUGUAUGUGGUAUAAGGUGAUGACGGGACGCAAAGGAAUGGAAUUGGUGGAGUAUUUUGGAAAGAGAGUUUAGAGACAGUGCUAU